AUGGCCGCCUUCCUUGGAAAUGGGAUUAGGCCCGCUCUUCUUGUACGAACUCGAACGGGCUUAAAACUUCAGCAAGCAAACCUCUCCUUUAAAUCUCUUCCCAAAAGGAAAAAAAUUGCAUAUUCCCUUUUGGGUUUAGCAGGUGUUGGAGGAGCAAGUUAUGCAUUCAUUUUAGAUCAAGCUGUAUUGGCUUCUGACCUCACACUCCAUCCACCAGCAUAUGCAUGGAGACAUUCAGGAAUCUUUCAGUCUUUUGACCAUGCAAGUAUACGUCGUGGAUACCAAGUUUACAAACAGGUGUGUGCAGCUUGCCACAGUAUGCGUUAUUUAUGCUAUCGUCACUUAGUUGAUGUGUCUCAUACAGAGGAUGAAGCCCGUGUUGAAGCUGAAGAGAUAAUGGUUUUAGAUGGACCUGAUGAUGAUGGUAACAUGUUUGAACGCCCUGGAAAACUUUCUGACAGAUUUCCAAACCCAUAUCCAAAUGAUGAAGCUGCCAGAGCAGCAAACAAUGGCGCUCUGCCUCCUGACUUGACAUAUAUUACUUCUGCUCGGCAUGGAGGAGAGGAUUACAUCUUUUCUAUUUUGUGUGGCUAUUGUGAUCCUCCUGCUGGUAUCUCUCUACAAGAAGGAACCUAUUAUAAUCCUUAUUUCCCUGGUGGUGCUAUUAGUAUGGCUCAGGCCUUGUAUAACGAGAUUAUUGAGUAUGAUGAUGGCACCCCAGCAACUCAGAGUCAGUUGGCUAUGGACGUAGUCUCAUUUUUAAGAUGGGCAGCUGAACCUGAACACGAUCAGCGUAAAAAGAUGGCAAUGAAGCCUGCAAUUCUUCGGCCUGUCUGGCCUGCAGCUCUUCUUUUUGUCUGGCCUGCAAUUCUUCGGCCUGUCUGGCCUGCAGCUCUUCUUUUUGUCUGGCCUGCAGCUCUUCUUUUUGUCUGGCCUGCAAUUCUGGCCUGUCUGGCCUGCAGCUCUUCUUUUUGUCUGGCCUGCAAUUUUUCGCCUGUCUGGCCUGCAGCUCUUCUUUUUUUGUCUGGCCUGCAAUUCUUGGCCUGUCUUGCAGCUCCUUUUGUCUGGCCUGCAAUUCUUGGCCUGUCUGGCCUGCAGCUCUUUUUUUUGUCUGGCCUGUCUGGCCUUCUUCUUUUGUCUGUCUGGCCUGUCUGGCCUGCAGCUCUUUUUUUGUCUGGCCUGCAAUUCUUGGCCUGUCUGGCCUGCAGCUCUUCUUUUGUCUGGCCUGCAAUUCUUGGCCUGUCUGGCCUGCAGCUCUUCUUUUUGUCUGGCCUGCAAUUCUUGGCCUGUCUGGCCUGCAGCUCUUCUUUUGUCUGGCCUGCAAUUCUUGCCUGUCUGGCCUGCAGCUCUUCUUUUUGUCUGGCCUGCAAUUCUUCGGCCUGUCUGGCCUGCAGCUCUUCUUUUUGUCUGGCCUGCAAUUCUUCGGCCUGUCUGGCCUGCAGCUCUUCUUUUUGUCUGGCCUGCAAUUCUUCGGCCUGUCUGGCCUGCAGCUCUUCUUUUUGUCUGGCCUGCAAUUCUUCGGCCUGUCUGGCCUGCAGCUCUUUUUUUGUUUGUCUUGGCCUGUCUGGCCUGCAGCUCUUCUUUUGUCUGGGGCCUGUCUGGCCUGUCUGGCCUGCAGCUCUUCUUUUUUGUCUGGCCUGCAAUUCCGGCCUGUCUGGCCUGCAGCUCUUCUUUUUGUCUGGCCUGCAAUUCUUCGGCCUGUCUGGCCUGCAGCUCUUCUUUUUGUCUGGCCUGCACCGCCUGUCUGGCCUGCAGCUCUUUUUUUUUGUCUGGCCUGCAAUUCUUGGCCUGUCUGGCCUGCAGCUCUUUUUUUUUUGUCUGGCCUGCAAUUCUUCGGCCUGUCUGGCCUGCAGCUCUUUUUUUUGUCUGGCCUGCAAUUCUUCGGGCCUGUCUGGCCUGCAGCUCUUCUUUUGUCUGGCCUGCAAUUCUUCGGCCUGUCUGGCCUGCAGCUCUUUUUUUGUCUGGCCUGCAAUUCUUCGCCUGUCUGGCCUGCAAUUCUUCGGCCUGUCUGGCCUGCAGCUCUUCUUUUUGUCUGGCCUGCAAUUCUUCGCCUGUCUGGCCUGCAGCUCUCUUUUUUUGUCUGGCCUGCAAUUCUUGGCCUGCGCCAACACUAAAUAUCACCGUAAUUUAUUGAAGACAAAUGAACUAUUCUUGAUGCAAAAUUACUUGAGUGACACAGAUGUGGGGUCAGGAGCAAGCCUGGUGACAGGCUUGCCUCCUGCUCCAGUUAGACUCAGCCAGAGCCUACCACUGAGAGAAAUGGAAACGGAAUUGCAGAAACAACUAGCAGAAGAAAGAAAGCUCAGUGAGCAACAUCGGCAGAAUUAUGAGAGACUUAAAAUACAGCAUUCAAAGUUGCAAGAAGAAAAUGUGAAAAUCAGAAAUGAAUAUUGUGAAAAAGUAGAGGAAAAUAAACUGUUAUUCAAGCAGCUUAAAAGUGAUCAAGAACAGUUUAAGAAGAAUUUGUUGGCCAAGGAUGAAGAACUGAGCAACUUUAGAUCAAAAGUGGUUACUCCACAGCAGGUCGAACUGAUGCGCCUUGAGAGUUACUCUGAAGUGGAAAAUAUCUACAAGGACCGAUUACAAAAGCUGGAGCAAGAACUUGAAGUAUUUAAGAAUUGUUGCAACCGACAACGGUAUGAGCUGACCUUGAUGGAAACAAAAUGUGAGCAAGAAGCAGUGUAUCAUAAAAUGUCAAUGCAAGAAGUGAAAAAAAAAUUAGAGACAGAGGUAAACAAUGUAAGAGCUGAGAAAGAGCGUCUCUUGUCUCAAACACAGAAACUUGAAGAGAUGAGGACACAACGGGAAAAAGCAAAUCUUGAGGUUGAUCAGGUUAAACGUCUUCUUACCAAAAAUGAAACUGAAUUUGCAACAAAUAUCAAAAACCUACAGCAUUCAAAUGAAAGCCUGUUAAGAGAAAACAAGAAACUUCAGGAAGAAAUCACUGAGAUUGAACACGUACAAACAACAUUGUCAAAUGAGAAACAUGAAAUUGAUCAAAAAAACAUUGUUUUGAAAAAGCAAGUGGAUCAACUGAUUCAGCAGCACAAACUUGAAAUAAAGGAACUGAAAAUGAAUUUGACAAAGAAUCAUGGCGAGAUUGAACGAGAAUGUAAUAGACUGACAAAUUAUGUAAAAGAUUUGAAGGCUCUAUUGGAAGUUGCUGAAGAGAAGAGUAAGCAGCAGGCUGAGAGUUUAUUGGAGAAAAAGCGAGAAGUGUCACGACAAAUCCAGAUCAUAAGAGAAAAAGAGAUGCUAAAACAAAACCAGGUCGAAGCUCAAAAAUUAGAAUUAGAAGCAAAAUUGCAAGAAAUAUACCGGAAGAAGUCUGAAGAAGAAACAACUUGGCAAAUAGAAAAAGAAUAUCUUGAUGAUAAACUAAAAGAAGCUUUGGACACGACAGCCCAACUAGAAAAAGAGUUACUUGUUCUUAGGACUAAACUCGAACAAGAACGGUCAGUGAAAGAAGAACUUGAACAAGAGAAAAGUGAAAACAGUUCAUUACGAGGUCAGAUUAAUUCUUUGCAACUGGAACUGAACACACUGCAGAGUGGAGAACGGGAGAUGAGUAACAAAUUCAUAAGAUUAAGGAAUUCCAUGGAAAAAUACCGUAAUGAAGCCAAAAGACUACAAGAACAACUUGCUAAAGCUGACCAGUGUAGUGAUGAACUGUUGUCCCGACAGAAGAUGAUGUGGAAGGAAAAUGUGGAUGCCUUAGAAGUUCAAAGUCAGGAAUUAAAAAAGAAAUGUAACGAGGGAGAAAGAAAAAUAUCUAUGGCAGCAAAUAUCCAUUUAAAAUACAAGCAAAGAAGCUUGAAGGCAAUCCGAGCAUUGAAGAAACAACUGGAACUAAAGUCUGCAAAAAAUGAAGAGCUGGAAGCUAGCCGAAAGGUCUUGGAAAACUGGAUUCCUCCCGAAGAACACAAGAAACUGAAAAAUCAGAUGCGCGACAUGAUAAGACGUCACAAUGAAUUCCGUCGUGUUAUCUUCUGCAGUAACCCUUUCGUGAUAACAGAUGCUUCUUUUGCUUCUGUGCCUAAUGCCACUUUGAACAGUGAAUUGUUUGAUGAGCAGGAAGAGCGUCACCAAAAAGAACUGUCACAGCUGAAACGCCGCCUGGAUAAACUAGAUAAUGUCCAAAAGGAGCAUUUUGAAGAGUUACAAAAUAUAAUGUCCAGCACUCCUCAUGAGAUUUCAAUAAGAACAGAAGAAAAAGCAGAUUCUGAAAAAUCUUAA